UAGAUUGCAACGAAAAAAAAAUAAUAAUUUAUUCUGUGUUUUUUCGCUAUUUUUAAUUUCUUCAUCACUUCAACUAUAUUUUGUGAUUCUAUGCAAUUAAUGAUCAUAUUGCCAUAGAUUUAUUUUUUUAGUUGCAACCAAUCAAUUUGAAAUUUCAUUUCCUGGGAAAUCAUUCAGAAAGAAAAAACAAUCCAAACCGAUAAUGAAAGCUAUCACAAUGACCGAUAUAAGUCGUACGACAUUAUGGACAUCGAAUAAUGAUACACAUGGCCAUUGUCAUUAUUCAUCACGUGGAUGGAAAUCAUCAAAUCGUUCAUCACAACAGGAUUUAUUUCGUCCAGUCACAACAACAACAACAACACAUGAUGAAAAUUCAAAUUUUAAAUCAUCAAAUUCAAAAUUAAAUCGAUCAUUAUUUGGUCAAACCGAUCCAAUUGAAACAAAACGUUUUCUUUAUGAAGAAAUGAAUUCUAGACGAAUUAUCGAUCGUAAUCGUUGGAAUUUUGAUUUUCAUACGGAAAAACCGCUUCAAGGCCGUUAUGAAUGGCAUAAAUUAACCCGUUCAGAUACGACAACAACAACAUCAACAACAAACAGUCCACCACAAUCACCAUUUGAUCGUCGUACACCAAGUCCUAAAUUUUUUUCCAAUCAUUAAUAAUGAAAUCAAUGGUCAUCAAUAAAACCAGUUAUAAUAAACAUAUAUUUGGAUCAAUAUCAACCGUAAACGGAAAAAAUAUCCUUCAUUCACCUGUUAUUGGUUUAUAAAUUA